CCAUGUGGUGGAAGCUGACUCGAAGAAUAAGGCCUUGUGAAAAGCUAACUGUAUCGUCGUCGGCGCUGCAGAAACUGCUCCGUGCGUGUGGGAUAAUGGCUGAGGACCUCGCAUCUCCGCCACCCGCUAAACGGAGGUGCGCGGAGCCCGAGGCCGGCGAGGAGGAGCCGCAAACGCUCGUAGCGUCUCGUGAUGAACACAACAUUGAUGAUGAUGAUGAUGAUGAUGAUGCUAGCAAACCAUUAAUAGAGCCACCUGAGCCAGUCAAAGUAUAGUGUAUCAAUGCACACGCACAGGGUUUGCAUAAAGAUAGAGCAAUAAUACUUAUUCCACCAUUUCUUUGUCUUUCUGUCCAUUCAUUUUCUGACGUAUUAUCAUGUAUUAUAGAAAGUACGAACUUCUAGCUAUCAUAAAUUUUGUUCAAUAGUUUCAGAGAAUCAAAAGAAAAAAGUGUGCCCUUCUCCUUUCCUACAACGGUCAGGGCUACCUCGGAAUGCAACUGAAUCCCGGAACCAAGACAAUUGAGAGAGACUUGCUCGAGGCACUGGCCAAGGCUGAGGCUUUUCCUGACGAAAUGAAAUUGGAUUUGGGAAAGCUUCAGUUUCAGCGAUGCUCGCGAACUGACAAAGGGGUGUCGGCAGCUAGACAAGUCGUCUCCAUAAAGAUAAGGCCUGAGAAGAGGGUCAUUGAGCUAGCGAACCAGUACCUGCCACCUCAAAUCAGGAUAAUGGGACUGCGCAGGGCGACAAAGACGUUCAAUAGCAAGACAGCCUGCAGUUCGAGAACAUACGAAUACCUUCUUCCAACAUAUGCCUUCGCUCCCUACGCUUGGACAACACUGGACUAUAGAAUUGAUGACAGUACCAGAGAAAAGGUUGGCCGGCUGCUAAAGAUGUAUGAGAAAUCGCACAACUACCACAACUUCACUUCUGGCAAGAAAUACGAGGAAGACAGUGCCAUGAGACACAUCAUAUCAUUCACAUGUGAUGCUCCCUUUCUUGCAAGUCGCUCGUCUCAGCCGCAAAUAUUGAAUUCAACGACACAAGAAAAGAGAGAGGAAGAGAGAGAGGGAGAGAGAGAGGGAGAAAAUGGGAAGGAAUUGCAAACUAGCGCAAAGACUAAAACUGAGAGCAGCGAAGUAGAAAAUGAUGCUGCAAAGUGUGGUGAUGAACAGAAUGUAAAGAUGGAAGACGGAAAUGCUGUUGAAAAGAGUGACAGUGGUGCUGACUGUGGACACAUGGGGAAAGAAGAGAGCAAACAAUCUGCAAAGAAAGUCGAAUUCAUGACUUUGAAAGUCAAAGGUCAGAGCUUCAUGAUUCACCAGAUUCGGAAGAUGGUGGGUCUCGUUAUCGCCAUAGUGAGAGGGUUUGCCCCUGAGACGACGCUCAUUGAGGCUUUUCAAAAGGGGAAGGUUGAUAUUCCGAGAGCACCUGCAUUGGGACUACUUCUGGAGAAUGUGAGCCUUUCAUACCAACUUGUUCACUGUCAAAGUAUUGGUCGAUGAUAAUAUACUAGUUUAGCUACUAGUACUAGCAGAUCAUGACAGAGAAGCUCAUGACAGAGAUUUGAGGUCGGAUUAAGAAGAUUAUGAAGGAAGGUUCAGUGGGGCAUGCAAAAUUUUGACACGUGAAUACACAUUGCAAUUAUGUGUGUAUACACACGGUUCUGCUAUAGCUAUUAUUGCACUACUGCCAAUUGCGGGGUGUACUAAUUGUAUGCAAGUGUUAAGUGUUUUUCUCUGCCCUAAAUGUACACAAUG